AUGGAAAGAAGUGCGUUGCCAGCAGUGCCGUUAUUAACAGGAUCCAAUUACUUAGUCUGGGCUAUGAAAAUGGAAGCAAUUCUAAGCCUAAAGAAGCUGGACAAAAUGAUUAAUGAAGAAAAGCCAGCGGAAAAUGCCGAACAAAAAACAAGGAUCGAAUGGGAAACGAAGAAUAAAGAAACAGUGGCAUAUAUACGUUUACAUUUAUCGGACGAACAAGCAUUACAGUUCGCAACCGAAAAUGAAGCGAAAUUAUUGUGGAUCAAGAUUAAGAAUGCAUACGCAGGAGCGGCAGAGGAUCAAAAGAUCGACGCGAGCAACGACUUGAAAUUUCUCCGUAUGGAAGAGAAGGAAACAGUGAGCAACUAUAUUGCACGUGCACGUGGCUUAGCUACAAAAUGUGCAUCGUUAGGAUUAAAUGUGACGCCACGAGAAUUAGUAUAUUACACAGUACGAGGGAUAAACAACCAACAUAAAGAUAUCCGCGAAAUAUUGAAAACGCAACGGGAAAAAUCCUUGGAGGAAAUUCACGAGAUACUCAAGGAACGUGAGAAAGAAUAUCAACGUCGUGGAAGCCAUAUUAGAGAAACGGACGGUGCUUACGCUGUCCAGAGGAAGAACGACAAGAGAUGCUACAACUGUGGAAGAAGCGGCCAUAUUGCGAAGCUCUGUUGGAAUCGUAAAAACUACAAAGAGGAUCAUCACAGGGCUACCAACAACUACAAACGAGACGGAAGGAAAGACAAUGAUACGAACCGAGGAAUUACAGAGAGGAAGAAAUCCGCCAAUAGAUUAAAUGUGACGCCACGAGAAUUAGUAUAUUACACAGUACGAGGGAUAAACAACCAACAUAAAGAUAUCCGCGAAAUAUUGAAAACGCAACGGGAAAAAUCCUUGGAGGAAAUUCACGAGAUACUCAAGGAACGUGAGAAAAAAUAUCAACGUCGUGGAAGCCAUAUUAGAGAAACGGACGGUGCUUACGCAGUCCAGAGGAAGAACGACAAGAGGUGCUACAACUGUGGAAGAAGCGGCCAUAUUGCGAAGCUCUGUUGGAAUCGUAAAAACUACAAAGAGGAUCAUCACAGGGCUACCAACAACUACAAACGAGACGGAAGGAAAGACAAUCAUACGAACCAAGGAAUUACAGAGAGGAAGAAAUCCGCUAGUAGUAUAGUGAAACCUGUAAAUGGCUGGUGA